AAUACAUUUUUGAACGGUGCCUCCCCAAGAAGUGUGAUGAGAAAUGGCUUUAGGAAACAACACCCAGAGAAGUUACUCCAUCAUCCCCUGUUUCAUCUUUGUUGAGCUUGUCAUCAUGGCUGGGACUGUUCUGCUUGCCUACUACUUCGAGUGCACCGAUACUUUUCAAGUGCAUAUCCAAGGUUUCUUCUGUCAGGAUGGCAAUUUGAUGAAACCGUACCCUGGAACGGAGGAUGAGAGCUUCAUUUCACCCCUUGUGCUCUACUGUGUGCUGGCUUCAACUCCAACAGCUAUUAUUUUUAUUGGUGAGAUAUCCAUGUAUUUCAUAAAGUCAACCAGAGAAACCCUAAUUAUUCAAGAGAAAACUAUUUUGACUGGAGAGUGCUGUUACCUGAACCCACUGCUUCGAAGAAUAAUACGUUUUAUAGGAGUGUUUGCGUUUGGACUUUUUGCUACUGACAUAUUUGUAAAUGCUGGCCAGGUUGUGACUGGGAACUUGGCUCCAUACUUCCUGACUGUGUGUAAACCCAACUACACUGGAAACGACUGUCGGACCCACCACCAGUUCAUAAACAAUGGCAACAUCUGCACCGGUGAUGUGGAGGUGAUUGAAAAGGCAAGGAGAUCCUUUCCAUCCAAACAUGCUGCUUUGAGCAUCUACUCAGCUUUAUAUGCCACGAUGUACAUCACAAGCACAAUUAAAACAAAGAGUAGCAGGCUAGCCAAACCUGUGCUGUGUCUGGGUACCCUGUGUGCUGCCUUCCUCACUGGGCUAAACCGAGUUUCUGAGUAUCGGAACCACUGUUCAGACGUGAUCGCGGGCUUCAUCUUGGGAAGUGCGGUAGCUUUGUUUCUGGGGAUAUGUGUUGUCCAUAACUUUAAAGGCACCCAUGGAGCUCCUUCUAAACCGAAGCCUGAAGACCCACGCGGAAUGCCACUAAUGGCUUUUCCAAGGGUGGAAAGUCCGCUGGAGACACUGAGUGCACAGAACCACUCUGCCUCUAUGACUGAAGUAACCUGA